AUGCCAACUCAAGAUCCCACAUGGACUUCCCUUGUGAAUCGGAGUAUCGCCACUUGGAAUGACUUCCUACCCGAUGAGCUGCUCUUCUCCAAAGACUUCCAUAAUGAGUUGUUACGCGAAUAUCGCUCCUUGGACGAGUUCCUUGCUGAGAGUCCCAAGUCCGUCACCCUUUGGUUCUUCCAAAUACGAAAUGCUUUCAUGUCGCAAAACCGCUUUAGGAAGUGGUCCCGCGAGGUCCUGGACGACUAUGUUCUGCUACCCGCGGCACUAGGCUAUAGGGAGUAUCCCGAUCCAGAUGGGCAGACCUUACGCUUUUACCAGGCUGAACUGAAGGCGCACACAUGGUCAUACAUCUGGGUGGACUGGACAUAUCUGCCUCAGCAUCCACGAUCAACGCCAGAAAAAACGUACUUCGAUCAUGGCUUGCGACUAUCCGAGUACCGCCUCACAUGCUCUGGAGGUAUUCUAAAGACACACGAUAUCGAAUUGUUUCUUGAGCAUAUCGACGAGAUGAUUGAAAAAGGGGUCCAGAAGACGUUGAAGAAGCACCAUUAUCGUUGCUAUGAAGACCGUGACAGAAAGUACCUGGCAUCUUGGCUGGAACUGCUCGUUCUUUUCCAACGGCUAAAGAUAGGCCUUGUCUUCUUGGAACUGAACAUAUAUGAAGGCUCCCUGGUAUACCUUGGGAACAAGCAUACCUUCACGCCAUUUCCAAAAAUGGAUUAG